AUGAUCUUCGAGCGUGUACAGAGUGUCGUAAGCGAAAAAGCAAGAAAUCUGGAUGCAGCAGAGCUGCGAUGUGCAAAAUUGAUCUCCUUAGUUCACAGAUUUAAUCCCGAUAUUGAUAUCCAAGUGGCCCUGGAUUCAAUGAUAGAGAAUGCUGAGGCCAAGCCGACUGUGUCCAUGGAAAGACCUGAGGGUCUUGAAUCUGAUUCAGAGAGUGCUCCUUCAUUGGAUCGAUUUGAAUGGAGUGAAUCCUCGACUAUGUCUCCAUUACGAGUACAGAAAGAUGCACCAGAUGGGAUGGCUCUGCUUCCGACCCGACGAACGGAAUCCGGCUACCUGGGUAACACCUCAGGGUCAACAAUGCUCAACGCGAUUUCAAACCUUCUUCCUGAUAAUACCACCUCCUGUUCGAGGCAUCGACCACAUGGCUCUCCCGCAAACAGUAACCAGACCAGUAGUCCUUCACAACUUGUGAACCUUGCGGACGCUUCCACACUAGAGAGCCUUGUUGAUGCCUAUUUUAGAUGGUAUAACCCUUCGUACCCUAUCCUUCACGAGAAGACCUUUCGAGAGAAAUUCCAAAAUCGCUAUCAAGUUAAUUCACGGUCAAGCUGGCACGUUAUAUUCCACCUUGUCUUUGCAAUUGGUCACUGGAUUCUAGGUGAAGAGUCAGAAGCUGAGCAAUCCAGAUUUUACAUGGCUGCGCGCUCAUGUAUGUCAAUGCGCAUGCUAGAGUCUGGAACUCUGCUGAACGUCCAGGUUUGCCUUUUGAUGGGCAACUAUCUUCAAAAGCGAGAUCGGCCUAACACCGGCUACAAUUUCAUUGGAAUUGCGCACCGAAUGGCGCUUGGUUUGGGCCUUCAUCGAGAGAUUCCCACGGUGACGGUGGAAGAUACACUCUCCAAUGAGCGCCGAAGAGUAGUCUGGUGGAUAGUCUAUUGCUUUGACUCGGGCUUCAGCAUCACAACUGGAAGGCCAAUAACUGUUUCCGACUCGUUCAUUGAAACUCACCUUCCGCGAAAUAUCGAUGAUUCGGCUUGCACGUUACAAUCUAUCUUGCCGGCAGCAAUGGAUCUUCCGACCACUUAUUCGGCAAUCAUUGCACAGUCACGCUUGACAUCGAUCGCAAAUGCUGUGUUUGGUGAACUCAUAUCGUCGACAAACAAGACCUCAUGGGACCUGAGAGUUUCUCGUUCAAUCAACCAUCAGUUCAAUGCUUGGAAGUUAUCACUGCCUUCUUACUUUACCGCCAAUGCGGUUCCAGAAUGGUUUCGGGGACCCCGUGCAAUUAUCAUAUGGAAGGAGCAAAACCUUCGAAUGAUGCUAUGGUGGGGAAGUCAGAAGUUAUGCAAUCUUCCUUCCGAUCACGAAGAAGCCAAAAGCAUCUGCCAUCUCACAGCAGUUGAGACAAUACAGGAGAUUACAAAUUUCCUCCAAAAUAAUAUCGACAUAGUCCACGCUGGCCUGAGUUGGUACGCAACCUACUUCCUCUUCCAGGCGGCAGUUGUCCUCAGCAUCCACCAUCUUCGGUCACUCCAUUCCAUUGAAUCCGGGUUGGAAGAUAGAAAUCAAGACCUCUGGCUCUUGUCUGUUUCCAGAGCUCGUGACUGCUUGGUCUCAUUGAGCCAAAAGGACAAAGCUGCAACACGGUGCCUGGCUGUUCUAGACAGGUUACGAGAUCAAAUUCAGCAACAAGGACAAUGCUCAGCUAUAUCUGACGGUGAUCGAUCCAAUUAUCAAGUUGAUCUAUUGCAAGAAGAUGCCGGGAUACCAUCAGCGUCAUUUUCUGUGGACCCUACACUUCAAAUGCUCUUUGAGGAUCCGUCAUGGGGCAAUGAUCUAUUUCAUGGGUUGAGAGGUUUUCCAAGCACGGAUGAGGUUGGAGCAUUUGAUUAUGUCCCAUCAAACACAUAUUAA